AUGGAGACAGAGAACCAAUCAGAGGUCUGCUUUUCACAACUCAACAUUUCCUGCAGGAACCCCACAACUCAUUGGUCUGAAGGUGUUCUUUUGACUGUUCUGCUGUCCAUCAUCUGUAUCUUCACUGUGGUUCUCAACCUGCUGGUCAUCAUCUCAAUCUCCCAUUUCAGGCAGCUCCACACUCCCACCAACCUCCUCCUCCUCUCUCUUGCUGUCUCUGACUGUCUGGUGGGCCUCCUGGUGAUACCAGGAGAAAUCCUGCGACACACAUCCUGUUGGACUCUUGGUGAUGUUCAGUGCUUGUGGUACAACUACCUGGCCUACUUUGUGACGUCUGUUUCCGUAGGAAACAUGGUGCUGAUAUCAGCUGAUCGUUAUGUCGCUAUUUGUGAUCCUCUGCAUUACAACACCAAGGUCACUGUGAGAAGAGUCCAACUUUGUGUUUGUCUCUGUUGGUUCUUUGCUCUCCUCUACUGCAGCGUCAUUUUGAAGGAUCAGCUGAUGCAACUAGGAAAGAAUAAGUCCUGCUGUCGAAGGUGUGCUGUUGUUAUUGACUAUUAUGCAGGAGUUGUUGAUGUUGUUGUGACCUUCAUCCUCCCUCUCAGCAUCAUCAUCACUCUGUACAUGAGAGUGUUUGUGGUUGCUGUGUCUCAGGCGCGAGCCAUGCGCUCUCAUGUUACAUCAGUCACGCUACAACAUUCAGUCACUGUCAGAGCAAAGAAAUCAGAGCUGAAAGCAGCCAGGACUCUUGGUGUCCUUGUCCUCGUCUUCCUCAUGUGUUUCUGUCCAUUUUACAUUGGCACUCUUACGGGUGUGGCGUCAUAUUUAAGGUUUGUGAUUAUUGUGUUCUAUUUCAACUCCUGUUUAAACCCGUUGAUCUAUGCCUUGUUUUAUCCGUGGUUUAGAAGAGCUGUUAGACACAUUGUUACUCUGCACAUACUGCAACCUGGCUCCUGGGGAGAUAGCAUUCUGUAG